AUGGAUGGCCACGAUUCUUCUCAUCAUCAUACGAAAAAGAAGGCAACGAAAAAUCCGAGGUUUGCUUUCCGCACAAAGAGUGAUGAAGAUAUACUUGAUGAUGGUUAUAGAUGGAGAAAGUAUGGUCAGAAAUCCGUUAAGAAUAGCUUGUAUCCCAGAUGCACACAACACAUGUGUGCCGUGAAGAAGCAAGUUCAGAGACUGUCCAAGGAAACGAGCAUUGUGGAGACAAUUUACGAAGGAAUCCAUAACCAUCCUUGUGAGGAGCUUAUGCAGACCCUAACUCCUCUUCUUCGCCAAAUGCAGUUCCUCUCUAAUCAUUUCACCUAA